UCUUCCGCCAUUAUAUAGCGCCGUGGCGGCCUGUCCGCUAUUCUCCGGUGAGAUUGUGCUACACGACGCUUACCGACGCUCGGCGUCGUUGAGCGAGCGAGUAAACGGAGGAGCGAGCGAGUUUGAGCGAGUGAAUCAAAGUAAUAGUCGCGAAUCAUCCGCGAAUCCGGUAUUGAUCUUGGUGUCGAGUAGUUUUUCCGAGUGCAGUUGAUCGCGCGCGUGUCGGAUUGUGACCGAGCUUGGAGCGGGUCGGAGCACGCUACUGUCGAGGAAAGGAGGACGCCGGUGAAUAUGGAGAAUAGACCGGCGCCGCUGCGCUCGCGGCGCGUAUGCCGAUUCUGCUUGACGGAAUCGGAACCGUUGAGCUUCAUCUACGAGCGCGAUCAUACUAAGCCGUUCCAGGUGCCGCUCACGCUGCAGAUCAUGUCGUGCGUCGCCAUCGAGGUAUACGCGGCGGACGGAAUGCCACAAAUGAUCUGCAACAUGUGUCGCUGGAACCUGGAUCGUUCGUACAAAUUUAAGAUGCAAUGCAAGAAGGCAGACGAGGCAUUGAGGGACUAUCCUCUAUCCGGAGUGCUACCUAGACCUUUCCCGCCAAUUUCGAAUGAACCACCAGCGGAUAUUGGCAACAAAAGAUCUGCCGAAUCCAAACUGCAAAACGAAACGAACAAGAAGCUACGUACCGAUAACGAUAAUAGAGAAAGUAGAGAGAGACGCGAAACCAGAGAAAGAGAACGAGAAAGGGAGAGACAAAGUGAGAAGCAACGGGAUAAGUCCAGUGAUUAUUAUGAAGAGGACCAAGAAGAAGACGGAGGCAGCGAGGGUGAACAGGAAGUAUCCGUUAAGGAAGAAAGGAAGCUGGAACCCGGAGAGAUCAGAGUGCACGCUUGCGAUCAGUGCGAUCGUACAUUCCCUCUGCGUCAAGCACUGAUGCUGCACAUCGUGCGUGCACAUCGUGACCGUAACUUCAAAUGCAGUGAAUGCGAGCGACAGUUCUUCUCUAAAUAUGAUCUCAAUAAACAUAUGAGCACACAUUCGGAGGAGAAGCCAUAUUCGUGCACGAUUUGCCAAAAGCAAUUUUCGCGUUUAAAUCUGCUGCAGCGACACGAAAAGGUGCACCGCGACGAACUACGCUAUUCUUGCCAGCACUGCGACCGUGAAUUUUUCACUUCAGAGGACCUCGAGAAGCACGAGGAUGCGAUGCACAAGAAAGAUAAACCGUUUGAAUGCAACAUCUGCAACAAGCGCUUCCAAUACAAGCAAGGCUUGGAGCGUCACGAAAUGAUGCACAGUGAAGAGAAAACGUACGCAUGCGAUUAUUGCAAAGAGGCCUUUCAUACUAGCACCAAGUUAGCUCGGCAUCUGUCCACGCAUGCCGGACAUCGGCCGUUCAUGUGCAAACUAUGCCCGCGCACGUUCCUAUUGUCGCAUCAUUUGACCAGGCAUAUGCGCACUCAUUCCGUGGAGAAACGCCAUGUGUGUGAGGAUUGCGGCAAGGCGUUCAAACGCAAAGAGAGCCUGGAAGUUCAUCAGCUGACGCACACGAAACGCGGAAUGGGUUUAACUUGUGACGUUUGCCAAGAGUCUUGUCGUAACCGUGCUGACUACGUCACUCACAUCAAACAACACAUCGAGGCGGGCGAAAAGAUGGGUCCGGACGGUUUGCAGCCUGAAAACAAAGCCAAGACUCUCGAACUAGAUUCCGAGGAGGAGGAGGAAGAAGAAGAUCAGUAUUCGGAUAACGAUGAUGAUUACAUGCCCCCGCCGUACAUUGUGAAGAAGCUGCCGAAGUCACCGAGGGCUCGAGAAUCGCAACAACAACAACAACAACAACAACAACAGCAGCAGCAGCAACAACAACAACAACAACAAGGCUCCGAGAGCGAAGAAGAAGAAGAUGACGAUGAUGACGAAAGAGAGGAAAGAGAAGAUAAGAGAGAAGAAAGGCAAGAGAAGGAAGAACGCAAAGAGCAGGUAGUGUAUGUGCGCGGCAAAGAUGGCACUAUGUUGAAGAAAACUCUAAAGACGCUAAUGCCGAUUCAGCGUCGUGACGUUCAGGAGCAAAAAGUCACUAGACAAACCACGCCUACCGGUUCCUCUUCUCAGACUAGUUCGAAAGGUUCUUCAUCGUCGCAAGUCAAGGAAGAUAGUCCCAAAACCACUCGUGUGGACGAUACCGAGGCGCAGGUGCAGAAGAUUGUCGCCUCGGUGUUCAAGGAGCAUAAGAUUCCUCUGAAGCAUCAGAGUCCCGGCCAGGAUCAGUCCAAGGAAUCAGCAACGCCGGUAACAAAGUCACAGAGCUCUCAAGAAACUCGCAAAGACGGCGACAAGGCGGAGACCAGCACUCCCAAGUCAGUCAACACUGUCAAGGUAAUCAAAAGGAUCGUGUUGAGGAAAUCGGCUGGAGGAGGAACCAAUAACGAAGGAACGCCAGUCAGCACUCCUAUUUCCAAAGACGGAGACGCUGCGAGCGAAACUCCAGGCUCGCACAAGGUCAGGCGUGUGAUAGUACGCAGAAUUAUUCGACAAGGCGACACCACUCGAGAGGUCAUCAUGAAUCCGGAUGGCACCGCGAUAGAUCCUGCGGAAUUGGCGAAAUUGCCGACCGGCAAUGUAGUGAAGCGAGUAGUGGUGAAGCGACCGUUGGAUAAGAGUCAAAAUUUGGUGCAGACGGUGCUGCAGUCAGCGGAACAACGUCAGAAAGCAGGUGACGUCACUGCAAAUGAGAAAUUCGAGCUGAAGACCUCGGCAUCGUCCAGCAGCGGAGUAAGCAGCACGCCGAAGAGCACAGUCGCGCCGCAGAAGACGCAGGUGGUCACCCAGGGUCAGGAUCAGGAGACCAAGGAAAAAUUGGAGCAGCUAGAGAAACGCGUUGAGCAGCAAAGACUGAAGAUCGAGGAAUUACAAGCGAGGAAGGCGCAGCAAGAUUACGAAGUGAUUGAUGAGAUGCUGCCGGAUCGGCACGACGAAUCCGAGGACGAGCAGCAAUUGCCGCUGAAAAGAGUGUUUGUCAAGCGAAAGCAAAGUAUCUACGACGAAGAACGCGAGUACAAUGACGAUGCGGAAAUAAAGCCCAGUCCGAACGAAGAAGAAAAGGACGAAGUCGAACAAGUUACGAAGGAAAAGACCGUAGAUGAUAUCGUUGAGGAAACACUGGAGAACGUUCAGAAGGAAAUCCAGAAUGCACCGAAAACGACGACUAGCGCCAAUAGCACCACUGCUAUAAACAGCACACCGGAACCGAAGAAGGGUCCGAUGAUUUCCAGCAACAAAGUAUACACGAACAAACGCUAUAUGAUCGUGAAGACCGAGGACACGUCGGAAGUGGAAGAGAUGAGCCGCGAACUGUGCAGCAUUCUCGAGACUACCGAUAACGUGGUGAAAAUGCAAGAGACGGUAUUGAGUAAUCUAACGCAAAUAUCCGGCAUCGCGACGUCAUCGACGCCUGACGUGGACGCGGAGAAUGCGCCAUUGAAACAGGAUACGAACUCAAUGGAGGUCGACGAGCAGAUAAAUCAGGAAUGCGUGAUGCAGAUGGAUUGCGACAUAGAGGCCGUAAAGGACGAAACAGCAAUGGAGGUGGAGGUCGCGCAGGAAGCGGAGAUUAAGCUGGACCCCGUGAAAGAAUCUGUGCAGAUAACAGAAAUGAAGGAUGAAAAUCAGGAGCAUACCGGUACGCUGACGCUAGAUACUCAGGAUCUCUCCGAGACUGCAUCGAUCUUUGAAACGUCAGACGACGUGCUGGAGGUGCAAAAAUCGAGCAGCGCAAACUUGGACGAAUCCGUCAUCGAAUUAUCACAAAACAACGACACCAUCAACCUGAAUGAUACCAAUGACAGCCAGGACAGCUUGGAGGACAAGCUCUCACAGAUGGAGGGUUGAAGGAGACUCGAUCUUCCAUUUCUUCUUGAUUAUUGAAGAAUAUCCCAAAUAUGGAAACGGUGCGCCAAGUAAAAUUAUAUUUCUAAUUUACUGAACAAAUUUCGAGAAUUUUCGUUCGAUUGGUAAUUAGUUCUGGUAUUGGAAUCAGCAAUAAUUUCGUUAUUUAUUUCAGACGGAUAAUAUAUUGGAUAAUAUUAUUAUUUGUAUAAUUGAUGAAAUUGAUAGA